UGAACUUGUUCCUCAAAGAAGGUGACGAGCAGCGCAGAAGACUAAUUGUGGACCAGGAACCGCCCAAAUUCGCCAGUGCCCCGUUGGCCUAUUCGGUGCCUCCUAACAAAUUCAACGAGGACCAAAUGGCAGCCUUUGACAAGGUGUUGACUGCUGAGGACUACGCCUUGAUUCUCGGGAUGCCCGGUACUGGUAAGACCACAGUCAUUGCCCAAUUGAUCAAAUUCCUCGUUGCAAACGGCAAAACGGUUCUUUUGACCUCAUACACGCACUCCGCUGU